AGCAAGCCAGGCGCCAGAGGAAAAUGGCGGACGGUGUAGAUCACAUCGACAUCUACGCCGACGUAGAGGAGGAGUUCAGCCAGGAGCCCGACUACCCCGUCCAUGAACAGAUCGACCUGUACGACGACGUGAUAUCCCCAUCAGCCAAUAAUGGUGACGCGCCAGAGGACCGCGACUACCUGGACGCACUGCCUGCACAGGGGGGCUCAGAUGGAGGCAAGGCCGCCCCGCCCAAUGUGGUGUACACCUACUCGGGGAAGCGAAUCGCUCUGUACAUUGGGAACCUCACGUGGUGGACAACAGAUGAGGACCUCACAGAAGCAAUCCGCUCAAUAGGGAUCACAGAUGUGUUGGAAAUCAAGUUCUUUGAAAACAGAGCCAAUGGGCAAUCCAAAGGGUUUGCCCUGGUAUGUGUUGGCUCAGAGGGGUCAUCCAGGAAGCUAAUGGAGCUUUUGUCCAAGAGAGAGUUGCACGGUCAGAAUCCCAUUGUGGCGCCGUGCAACAAGCAGUCUCUCAGCCAGUUUGAGAUGCAGUCCCGUAAAAGUAAGCACAGCACACAAUCGGGACAGAUGUCUGGCGAAGGUAAAGCCGGUCCUCCGGGCGGCGGCCGUGCCGGUUUUCCGAUGGGCAGUCGAGGAAGUCGAGGCAGGUUCCCCGGGCCGCCCAGCGGCCCUGGAGGAGACCGCUUCCCAGGUGGUGUUGGGCCCGGUGGACCGCCGCCACACUUCGCUGGCUCGGGGAUGAGACCUGAUUUGAUCAGGCACCAAGAUGGCCACCUGGAUAUGAAUUUCAAUCCUGGGAGCUGGCGUGACAGAGGUGGGAUCCAGGGCCCCCCACGUCCCCCUCCAGGUCCACCCGGCCCACCAGGACCACCCCCUGGCCAGGGCCUGCCCCCACCACUCGGUCCUCCAAAUCGUGGUGACAGGCCACCUCCCCCCGUUCUCUUUCCCGGUCAGUUUGGCCAGCUACCUUUAGGGCCCCUGCCUCCCGGCCCCCCGCCCCCAGGUUACGGUCCACCUCCCGGACCGCCGCCGCCCCAGCAAGGCCCCCCGCCCCCAGGACCGUUCCCGCCACGUCCCCCGGGCCCGAUCGGCCCCCCCUUGGCUCUGGCUCCACCGCCUCACUUGGGAGGUCCCCCGCCCGGCGGACCGCCGCCUGCUCCCCAUGUCAAUCCCGCCUUCUUCCCCCCGCCUGGUGGCAACAACAUGCCGCCCAAUGACAGCAGGGGCCCCCCUGGACCAAAUGACCCAUACGGACGCCCGCCACCUUAUGAGAGAGGAGACUAUGGUCCUGGAGGCCGGGACAUGGAGUCAUCACGGACCCCUCUGAGCGAGGCCGAGUUUGAGGAGAUCAUGAACAGGAACCGAGCCAUCUCCUCCAGCGCCAUCUCCAGAGCGGUUUCUGAUGCCAGUGCAGCUGACUACGGCAGCGCCAUCGAGACGUUGGUCACCGCCAUCAGUCUGAUUAAGCAGUCCAAAGUAUCGGCGGAUGACCGCUGCAAGGUCCUCAUAAGCUCUCUUCAGGACUGUCUCCACGGAAUAGAGUCCAAAAGUUACGGCUCCACCAGGCGAGAACGUUCCAGAGAGCGCGAUCACAGCCGCUCGAGGGAAAAGAGCAGACGGCACAAGUCCCGCAGUCGCGAGCGCCACGAGGACUACUACCGCGAACGGAGCCGUGAGCGGGACCGCCACCGCGAGAGGGACCGUGACCGAGACCGGGAGAGGGAGAGGGAGCGGGAGUAUCGGCACCGCUAAUUGACAAGUUGAGCUCACUACCUAACACCAAUGGACGGACGGACACAAGGAGGACGGACUUCGGCCCCACCCACCGCCACCGGCUGCAUGACUGGACACUCAACGCCUCCUCCUCCUCCUCCUCCACCAUCCAUCCAUCUCCUUUGCCCAUGCUUCUCUCUGUCUGGUCAUCUAGUGUGCAGAGUGGAUGGAGGUGGCGCCCGUGUGCAAGGCUUUUCAAACAUCUAACUCAUGGUAAUUGGAAAUGUUUCCAUUCAGCUCGUUUAUUUUUAUGGUGUUUUUAUUUUACGCGGUUAUGUUUUUUCUCGUCUCUCAAAACAAUGAGAAGGCCUACCUUUCCUCUUGAUCGAAGGCAAGCGUUAUCUUGUGGUUUGUUUUCCGUGCACUGUGCAGUGUUCACUCAGUUUAGAGCAGUUUUUAUAUAGGGUACAUGUUUGCCACCCCCCCACCUGCCCCUCUUUCAUUCUCAUUUCUUCUCAUGCUUAGUGUUUGUGAAUGUCCCUGUUUUUGAUUAAAUCUAGAUGGUGUUGUAAUAAAACAUGUUUACUGAGGUA